UCGUGUUUUAUUUUUAGGGGGAAACUCCAACCGGAAGUCGUAACAAAUAUUUUUGUCCCUGUUGACUUUCCGCCGGCAGGAAAAGCGAAAAGUCCGCAGCAAUGGAGCAAAGGCUAAACACCGUCAAGUUAGUGUGCGCAGUCUGAAUGCGGCCAGAGCCGACCAUGUAUAAUAAUUAACCAGUUUUACAACAGCUAGCACAGGAAGUGUCCGACGACAUAACGGCGCAUGAAACGGCCCCGUUAACGACAGCUGACGUCAACAGGUUCGCGGGGAACUAUCCCAGUUAUCGCAUCGGAUCUGACACUCCAUCGUUCCUGCCAUCGUUCCUGACUCACCUGCCAGCAUGGCUAAUGCAGAGUCUGUCCGUCUCCAGGUCUUCUCUCUGAACUGCUGGGGGAUCCGAUACCUUAGCAAACACUGUUCUCAGCGCUAUGCUAUGCUUGGAGAUAUGUUGUGCAAGAAGGAGCAUGAUAUCGUCUUACUGCAAGAGGUUUGGAGCGAGAAAGAUUAUCUCUCCUUGAAACAGAAACUUGCCAGUUGUCAUCCUCACUCUCAUUACUUUAAAAGUGGAGUCAUAGGCAGUGGAUUGGCCAUUUUCUCCAAACACAGAAUCCAUGACACAUUUCUUUACCGCUACUCGCUGAAUGGUUAUCCUUACAUGGCUCACCAUGGAGACUGGUUUGGAGGGAAAGCUGUCGGGAUGGCCGUCUUAAGCAUCGGCAGCCUGAUUGCAAACAUCUAUGUUACUCACCUGCAUGCAGAGUACUGCAGAGACAAGGAUCCUUAUCUACCUCACAGAGUGGUUCAGGCAUGGGAGCUGCAGCAGUUCAUUCGCCACACCUCUGCUGGAGCAGAUUUGGUGAUUUUAGGUGGUGAUCUCAACAUGCACCCUCAAGACCUGGGUAAUAGACUACUGAGGACUUCCACUGGACUCCGAGACUCCUAUUUAGAGACUGCUAAAUUUGAUGGAUGUGAGGACGGUAUGACUCUAAUCGCUGACAAUCCUUUUAUCUCUAAAAACGAGAUUCUUCCAUUCGAAAAGGGACUUCGAAUUGACUACAUCCUGUACAAGGGAUCUCCCAAAGUGAACAUUUAUUGUGAUUACAUGUGCACCACCAAAGGCUCCGUACCCGACCAUCCAUUCCCAUACUCCGACCAUGAAGCUUUGACGGCUGAACUUAGGCUGGAGACACACACUCCAUCUGAGGCCCAAAGUGACAAGAAAUUAUGGAAACAUGACUCUGCUGCAGGGAAGGUAGCUGAGCUGGUCGACAUUAUGACAGAGGCACGUACUGAAGUCAAAGUGGGUUUGCACUGUGCUGAAAGGAUGCGAUACACGGCAACACGCACCGGAGUGAUGGGGCUGGCUCUGCUGUUCCUGGAGUUGGCCAUCGCUGCUGUGCCGUAUUUGGCCCUGGGAGCAGAACAACCUUUCCCUCUCACUUCCUUCUACAUGCUGGCUGGAUUGUGCUUUGCUAUCCUUCUGACUACCUUUCUGCUGUAUAUCUUUAAAACCAUGGAGCUAAAAUCUCUUCAGGGGGCUGAAGACCAGAUGAGGCUGGCUAUAGGUAGUCUACAAGAAAAGCUCAGGGGCUUUCCUUUGGCUCAGCCCCACAGCACCCAGCGAAGGCCCCCAGAGGGUUUGGAGCCCAGUGCCUUUGACCCAGAGGAAUAAAGCUGGAGCCAACUGGGUCAAAGCGAAGCCUUUGAAGUGAGCUUUAAGAUGGAUGUUUCAAAGAGUCAUUUAUCCCCUGAAUGUAUUAUAUACUCUUGAGAUUUAGAUCCGUACUGCAGAAUGAAGGAGUUCUGAAAGACCUUUCCGAAAGUAUUGCAGGACACAUGCUUUUUUUAAAACUUUUUAUAUAAUCACCUUUAGCCUUUUCUACCCCUAGAUUUCCCUCUAUGCACUUCACUUCAGCAAACAUGCUUCCUAUGACAUAGUAUGAUACUUCUGUGCUACUGCUGUUCUUAAAGGUCAGAAACGUGCCCCCUUUGAGGUCCGACUUGCAUUCCACCCACCAGUAGUUUCAGCGGGACCAGUUGUUUCUGUUUUUAAAUUCCACGCUUCCCUUUUGGAGAGUGCACCACACAAUGAUAGCGGGUCCAGACUGUUUGCUGAUUUAGUUACAGAAAGUAGCCCUGUAGUCCCCACUACACGGAAGACACACACACUCCGAAGGUUUACAUUUUGGUCAGUAACGUUUGUUUCACUUGAGGAAGGACAGAUUGCUGCAGGCUUCCAGUAGCACUUCCAGAACCUCAUGACACUUUUCAGUGUAGUAGUGUACUGUCAGUAGUAUAUCUCUUGGUUAUCAUGUUCACUGUCUUACACUUCCUGAAAGUAUCUUUAUGUUGUACAAUCUACACUCCUCUUUCCCAAUGUAUAGCAGUGGGAAUGUGCUGAAGAUAUUCUCAGUCAUAUACACUAAUAAUAACUUUCUUAACUUUAAUUUUUUGUGGUUUUACAAAAAUGCCGUGCUGUAGAAAUCACAAAUGCUUAACUUAUCUAUAUAUAUUAAUAUAUCUUUAGUGUGCUGUGCACUUAACUUGACUAACCUGUUAAACCACUUUCUUUUAUGUAUGCUGGGAAAUCACUUAAUGUUCCACAUCUCUUUGAAGCAGUAUUAUGACUCCACAAGACAGCAACUGUUCAGUUUUAUUCUUAACUUUCACUGCGAUGGAAAUGCACUUAGUAGUUCUUAGUUGUUUUUUUUAGUCAUAGAAUUUCGGACACCUGAUGUUCAUUCCAACUGAAAAUUGUAAUGGGCACGAUUAUGAAAGCAAUAAUAAAGAUCUUAUUCUCACCCUA